GUGGUGGUCAGGGUUGGUGGUCAGGAAAACAGAAAAGGCUAUCGGAAUUGAACAUUUCAUUGAUCUGUCUUUUGUUUGUUUGUUUGAAGAGCCAAGAACUCCAGAACUUGUUAAAAUAAGAAAUAUCCUCAUCAUCAAUGCAAGUGGAAGAAAAUUUCUCACAGCAGAGAAAAAAACCCAGUCACAUCAAUAAAAGAGAGAUCAUUACAGCACUUAUGGUUUAAAUAUAUAAUUUGAUUCUGGAUAAAAAUAAAUACACAUUUGCUUUGCAAAUUGUCUGUUGGUUAAAUUCAGCUUCAAAAUACUUGGAUUUUCCGGGAUGGUAACUGGGGAAACUGUAACAUUUCUCAAAAAUCAUUUCAUAACUUGCGUGGUCCACAAUGCAGCCUGCCAUUCCUCCAAGCACCACGCAGUGAGGCAAUUCAUGUCUUCCCACCUCCUCCUUUCCCUUUCUUUGUCUGUAUAAUGAAAAUGGAAACAAGGUAUCUUUUUCCAAACACUUGCUCAGUCUUCCCAGUUGCAACCUCUGAAAACGGCGAAAUGCUUUGAAGACAGGAAGAGAUGAGUACUAUUUAAUCCCCCCUUACGCCUCUGCGUUGCGGGGUAGGGUAGGCGGGUACAGGAGUAGGGGGCGGGGCCUGAGCCGGGCGGAGGAGGAGGAGUUAAGCGGCGAACCCGUGGGGAGCAAAGGCGUCUUUGCUCCGCGGAACUGGAGGGGCUCUCCCUGGUCCGGUGUGAGAUCCCUCCAGGCUUCCCAGCAGCAACCAAAUAACCUGCGCGGCCAGGAGCGAGGAUGGAGUGUCUGGUGUUCAGAAGGCUCGUCUGUCAUCUGUCUACCUUCCAACUGAUUUGGCUCUUGGCAGCACUGGUGUUAUGCAGGGCACAAGUGGUGACCCAGGACGUAAAAGCGCUGCUGAACACACCUGCUUCUUUAAGAUGCUUUCUGCAACAUCCCCAAGAAGUUUUGAUUGUGACAUGGCAAAAAGUCAAGGCUGUAAGCCCAGAAAACAUGAUCACCUACAGCGAGAACCAUGGGGUUGUAGUCCAGCCUGCCUACAAGGACAAGAUAAACAUCACCCAGCUGGGACUCAUGAACUCAACCAUUACCUUCUGGAAUACCACCUUGGAGGAUGAGGCGUGUUACAAGUGCCUCUUUAAUACCUUUGGUUCUGGAAAGAUCUCAGGAAUAGCCUGCCUCACUCUCUCUGUACAGCCCACAGUAUUCCUUCACUAUAAAUUAUCUGAAGAUCACCUAAACAUCACUUGCUCGGCCAAUGCUCGCCCAGCCCCUAUGAUCUCCUGGAAGGUCUCUGGGUCAGGGAUUGAGAACAGUACUGAGAUCGUCUCACACCCCAACGGAACAACGUCUGUCACCAGCACCCUCCAGAUCAAAGACCCCAAGAGACAGGUGGGGAAGGAUGUGAUCUGCCAGGUGCUACACCUGGGGACUGUGACUGACUACAGGGAAACUGUGAACAAAGGCUUUUGGUUUUCAGUUCCACUGCUGUUAAGCAUUGUCUCCUUGGUAAUUCUUCUGGUCUUAAUCUCAAUUCUACUCUACUGGAAACGUCAUCGGAACCAAGAUCGAGAGCCCUAGAGGAGUCACACAGAACCCUGAAAGUUAUUUCCUGGUCUACUUGAAUCUGACUCAGGAAGCAAGCAGAAGAAAGAGGGUCAUUCUCCAAGGAACCUAAAAGAGCAAAAAAAUGGGAGUCAAAGGCCUAAGAAUUUCAAGACUUUCCACUGCCACGCAGGCCACCCAGUGCUUCUGUGAGUUCCCAGAGGAAGUCAUUUUACCUCUCAGGUCUGUUGUAGGACUUGGUUUUGCAAAAUGAUGCAGUGUUGUGCUGUUGAAAGGAUACUAGACUUGGAGCCAGGAGCCACCGCUCGGAGGUUGACUUUGACUCCAACUGGUGGCAACUCUGUGUUAACCAUAUCUCAUUGAACUUUCACGUUCGCAUCCAGAAAGUUAAGAAGUUGGACCGAAUAAUUUGCCAUUCUGCUCUAAAAACAGAUGUAAUUCCAGGAAAAAAAAAGGAUAAAUAAAGAGAAAAGAAAUGAAAGAGAGAAGAAUACAGGAAGAUAGGGACCAAAGAACUUUUCUGAGACUGCCUUUUGCCUUUCUGUGGAUAUGCCAUCUCUUCUUCCCUUCUUCUUUGGUCCAUAAGUCUAUUUCCUCAUCACUGGGUAUCUUGUCCACUGCCUGCUUACUGUUUUUGCUAUUAACUGGUCUUUCUAGAAGUCUCAGUUUCACUGCUCUUCUUCAUGUACUUCUAUGAUGUUUACCACAAUGGACGUGGAACUGAAUUUAUUGUGAAGUAACAUUGGCAACCUUAACUUUGCUUAUCUGUUUUUAUAGCAGACUAAAUAUUGUUAGUCUUAGACAGCAACUUGCAUUUUUUAAAAAGCAUGCAUUUCUCAUCCAUUUGUCUCAUAAUAUGACCCAGUCCUAUUUUAAUCAUUCUAAAUUCAACCUAGUAUAAUGAAAUAUAUUAUGAAAAGAGGUGUUUAGAAAGUUUUCUGAAUAGCAGUCAGUUAAUUCAAAUGCUUUGCCUCCCCCAACUUUUUUUCUCAUAAGGUAACUUGUCACAAUAGCAGAGGAAGCAUGUAUGGCUGUACAAAUUCCUUUGUUGUAAACACAUUGUUCUAACUAGUGGAACAGUUUUGAACUCUUAAAUCAUCAUUGGACCAAGCUGGUGACUUUUUCAGUAUCUUUUGCUUUCUUGUCUGUAUCCAGUGACCUAGGAAGUUGUCUUUAUUGUUGUAUUGAAUAUUUAUAUAUUUAGUAAGCUUUUCAUAUGUUAUUUAAUUAUGUAUUAUUUCAUAUAUUUGUAUUAAUAUACUAAAUAAUUAAAAGUGUCUAACUACUUGG